UGUGGCGCAUCGUGCAUACAAAGGACUUUCAUUUCGUGGUUUGACGAUGACACAAAAGAAUUUCGCAGAAUAUGAACGCGCGUUAAACUGCCAUGAAAGUUACAUUCACACAAAAACGUUUUGUUCAUCUUCGGCUGAUCUCAAAGCGGCCAAAAUGUUUUUGCCUGAUCAAUCAACAACUAAGCUUAAGGUUUUAAUGAUUUUUCAUUUCGAUCAACCAUGCUCCACGGCUAUCAUUCUUUUUGGUGAUUUAGCAAAAAAACUGCAAUGUAUUUCAAAGUUUGAAGGUGAACAAGAAAUUUUAAUCCUUCCUCAGACGAUAUUUUCCGUUAUGAAAAUUGAAAAGUCUACAGAUGGAUUACAAAUAAUACAUUUACAGUGUUAUAAUACAGCUAGUGUUCAAGCUGAAAUGUGGGAAGAUCGAUACAAAAGUUAUAUCGACGCAUUUUUUUCUGAUUAA